ACCUACGAUGCUGCCGAGGUGCUCGCCACAGAUGCUGGUGAGGUCCAGCAUUUCGGGAAACCUGACCAAAAGCCCCAACGCAUACCUUACGACACUAGCAUCGAGAGCAAAGCCUUUGCCACCAACGGGCAGAGCUCAAUUCAGCACGACUCCCCGUCGUUUUGUCAAUGGCGGCGGCGGCGGUGGUGGCAGCCCACCAGGCGGAGGAGGAGGGAUGGGAGGAUUUCCAGGCUUUCGAAUGAAUCCAGGUCAGCAGCAGCCGGAAAAGGGAGCCGCGCUGGCGCAGUACACGACAGACCUGACGCAGCAGGCGCGAGAAGGCAAGCUGGACCCCGUCAUUGGACGAGACGCCGAGAUCCGACGGACAAUUCAGAUCCUGUCGAGAAGGACCAAGGCGAACCCUGCCCUUGUUGGACCGGCAGGUGUGGGAAAGACGGCCAUCAUGGAAGGGUUGGCGCAGAGAAUUGUCAACAAGGAGGUGCCCGAGAGCAUGCGCGAAAAGAAGAUUCUCUCCCUCGAUCUCGCGGGACUCAUCAGCGGAGCCGCAUAUAGAGGCUCAUUCGAAGAACGAUUCAAGGCACUGAUGAACGACAUUGAGGCUGAAGAGGGGAAAGUGGUUCUCUUCAUCGAUGAGCUUCACAUGCUCCUCAACCUUGGCAAAGCUGAGGGAAGCAUGGAUGCUGGUAACAUGCUCAAGCCCGCCCUGGCCAGAGGGUUGACAAUCGUCGGCGCUACGACAUUCGACGAGUACCGCAAAACGAUCGAGAAGGACGCAGCCCUCGCUAGAAGGUUCCAGCCCGUCCAUGUCCUGGAGCCAAGCGUCGAAGACACAAUCAGUAUCCUCCGAGGUCUGCGCAGCCGGUACGAGGUGCACCAUGGCGUCGGCAUCUCUGAUGCGGCCCUCGUCAGUGCUGCUCAACUCGCAAACCGCUAUCUCAGCGAGCGGCGCUCGCCCGACGGACCGCUCGACCUCGUCGACGAAGCUGCCAGCUCGCUCCGUCUCCAGCAGGAGUCGAAACCGGAGCGGAUCGAGAAGCUGGACCGCGAGAUCCUCACCUACCAAAUCGAGCUCGAGUCACUUCGUCACGAGGAGGACGCAGCCUCGCGAGAGAGGCACACAGAGAUCAGCAACAAGCUCACCGCGGUCAAAAUCGAGAAUGAGAGGCUGACGGCGCUCUGGCGAGAGGAGAGGGCCCGGCUGGAGAGGCUCAAAGCGCUCAAGGAGCAGCUCGAAGACGCGCGCAUUGAGCUCGAGCAGGCGACAAGAAGAGGAGACUUUCAAAAAGUGGCCGAGAUCCAGUAUGGGCGCAUUCCCGAUUUGGAGCAGAUGCUGCCGCGGGAGGAGGAGCUGCUGCGACAGAGCCAGAGUGAAGGCGUACGGCAAGGUGAGGAGGAUCUCUUUGUGCACGACCGCGUCACAAGCGACGACAUUGCCGCCGUCGUAUCUCGCCAGACGGGCAUACCUCUGCGCAAUCUCCUCCGAGGCGAGCGAGAGCGUCUGCUCCACGUCGAAGACGCCCUGCGAGAGCGAAUCGUCGGCCAGGAUGAGGCGCUGACGGCCAUCGGCGAGGCCGUGAGGCUGUCACGCGCCGGUCUGCAGAACGACCGCCGGCCGCUUGCCUCCUUCCUCAUGGCGGGCUCGACGGGCACGGGUAAAACAGAGACUUGCAAGGCUCUUGCCUCGUUCCUCUUCGAUUCGGAAGACGCCCUGAUCCAGCUCAACAUGUCUGAGUACUCGGAGCAGCACAGCACAGCACGCCUCAUUGGCGCGCCUCCAGGCUAUGUUGGCCACGAGGAAGCGGGCCAGCUCACCGAGCAGGUCCGCCGGCGGCCCUACUCGAUUGUGCUCUUUGACGAAAUCGAAAAGGCGGCACGAUCGGUGCAGAUGAUGCUCCUCCAGAUCCUCGAGGAGGGCAAGCUGGCCGACUCGCAGGGCCGCCAGGUGGACUUCCGAAACACAAUCAUUGUCUUGACGUCGAAUCUGGGCGCCGAGGCCCUCUAUGAGCCAGGUGCAGUCGACGAAGCGGGCCAGAUGACUAAGCGUGCAAAGGACGGCGUCAUCCGUGCAAUCCAAGAGGCGCUUGCGCCAGAGCUCAUCAACCGCAUCGACGAGCAGCUCAUCUUCAACCGGCUCUCUCCAUCGACGUUGCGUGACAUUGUCGAUAUCCGACUCAAGGAGGUUGCGCAGCGUCUCGCCCCGCAGCGAAUUCGCAUCGACGUGACGGACGAGGCCAAGGUGUGGCUGGCGGAGCAUGGGUACGAACCAAAAUACGGCGCGCGACCCCUCAACAGGCUCAUUACGAGGAAGCUCCUCAACCCGCUCGCCCGCGCAAUCAUCAAGGGCACCGUCCGGAGUGGUGACGUGGUGCCCAUCGAAAAGGUCGACGACGCCAUCGUCAUUCGGGAGCAGCACGAAGAGCUCAGCGCGCAGGAUGCAUUGAACGCUGCCGAUGUCGACUUGUCAUCGUCCACCACCACCUCGGAGCAAAAAGAAAACGACGAAUGGAAGGUCGUCGAUGCUGGCGGACGCUAGCUUGACUCCAUGACUCUCUGCUUGCGCAUGCACUGUAAUUAGAUAGACUUAUGUCCCCCUCACUGCUGUAUUCGUAUUCACCACCACUCAUCCAUAUCCCUGCAAAUCAGAUCACUCCUCAUCUCUCGGGGAACCCAAACAGCAUGA